UCUCUCUCUCUCUCUUAUUUUCUCCAUUUCUUGUGUUUAAAGAUGUCUUUUUUUAUCAGGAAUCGGUCAUGAAAUGUUAUUUGUUUUAGUCUAAGUUUUUUGUAGGAACUUUCUUGAUUGUGGAUCAAGUAAUCAUUUUUUACUUUCCAUAAAUAUUUUCUUUUGGUCUCUUUCUUUCCCUACAAUUUCCUUAGCAAGAAACACAGAUUGAAACUUUCCUUUCAGUCAUGAGCUCAGUUGGUAGCUAUCACGAAAACUCAAAGCCUUUAGCUCAAACGUCGGCACCUUUACAUGACGAUAAUACCACACACACCACGAAUUCCUACCUCGAACAAGACUCCUACCCAUCGGACUGCGAAAGCGGGAUUUAUGGGCCCACAGACAAUGGAGCCCGGUUAAGCGCCCUUGAAGUCGAUUCCUUUGAAAAUCACAAAUGUGAGGAGAUUCGCGAAGCCAUCGAGCAAAAGCUCGUGUCGAGGUUGAGCGCCUGUGGGCUCGAAGUGCGGGUCGAGUCCAUUCGCAAGAACCGGUUUUCAGACAUUAUGGGCCGCGCGAAAGUUGAAUCCUUUAGCUUGUGUUCGAGUGCUGUGAGAGGGAAGUGUGGUGGGAGUGCAAAUGUGAAGUGUGCUUGGUUUGGUGCCUCCAAGAAUGAGAUUGAUAUGGUUAUUUCUCAUGGUUUCGGGCUUCCCACGACUCGUCGAACAAACGGUCAAGGGGUUUGGCUCUAUUCGGUUAAUCAUCCUAUGGAAAGUGUGCAUUCGGCUUUGCCUGAUGUGAAUGGCCUAAGACACAUGUUGUUGUGCCGUGUAAUAUUGGGAAAAACCGAGGUAGUUUGUCCCGGUUCUGAACAAAAUAUUCUGAGUUCCGAAGAGUUCGAUUCUGGGGUCGACAAUGCCGUGGACCCUAAGAAAUAUGUCGUGUGGACACCACGUAUGAACACACAUAUAUUGCCUGAGUUUUCGGUCAGUUUCCGAGCAUUGUCCUUUAAGUGCAGAGGGUUCCGAAUUAGACAACUGAGUCCAAAUCGGCUGCCUUAUCCGAUUUUGAUUAAUAUUCUUGACAAGUACUUACCUUUUGAUGCGGUUGAAUUGGUCACAAAACAUCAUGAUGAUUUUAAGAAUAAGAAAAUAACGAGGACCGAACUGAUUGAGCACACAAGACAUAUUGUGGGAGACAAGUUGCUGCUCAGAAUCAUAGAGUUUUACGAACGGAAGGUUGUUAGUUGUUGA